GAGAUUUCAAUCACAACAUAAACAUACUGCCUACCUGUUCGAUAAUUAUUAAAAUACCGAAGAUAUUACGCAUCGAAUUAACUGGAAUAUACGAAUAAACGCGUGUAAUGUGUAAAAUAUAUGACAUUUAUGGUGAAAUUGUGGUUGUGGCGGUGAAAAAAUGUGUUCUAUAAGAUUCACCGAUGCAUUUAGAAAGCAAAAGUCACCAUUCAACUGAUAUAAUGUCAGAAUGGUAAAUAAUGGCCAUACGAGGCCAAGUGAUCGCGAAUCUCAAGAAAAGUCUUCUGUAAUUUAUGAAAAUAGUCGCAGAUUUAACCAUUGGUCGCAAACUGUCAAGAAAGUAGUCAUUAGAACGUUUGCAGAUUGCGAUAAGUGUAUUGUAAUUGGUGGCGGUUCCGAUAAUGGUGAAUUUGUGUAUAUCGAACAUGUGCGAAAUGAUCAGAUCGCAUAUGUGAGUGAUCGUGUAUUCGAAAACGAUGAUGUUGUGUUGACCAUCCAGGAGCAGAAAGUCUCAGGGUUCACGUAUUUGGAUGCUGUGAAUUGGCUGAAACAUUGUGCGAAAAGUUCAGCGUUGGUGGCUGUUGAAUGUAUUCCUAGAGGCUACUUAUCGUUGGGUUUAGCAGAUUUCCUGAAUCAUCGUUUUCGAAAAGGUUCGCUUGAUCAUGAAUUACAGAAUACGAUUCGCGAUAACUUGUACAUACGGACGGUCCCAGUCACAACCAGACCUCCGAAGGAGUUCGAAAUAAAUGGAAUAGAUUACGUAUUCCUGACUAUCAACGAGUUCAAUAAGUUGAAAUUGAACGGCACAUUGUUAGAAAGCGGAAUUUACGAAGGUAAUUAUUAUGGUACACCUAAACCUUUGAGGAAUAAUUAUCUGGCUGUGAAUGAUAAACCGUCGUUUGAAAAUGUAACCGAGUCGUAUUUACCUGGUAUUCAUCCGAGUUCCGAAGGUAAACGUAAACGUAACCGGUCGAAUGUUGAAGCUAUGGCUGCUAAGGAUUUAGAUCAUAGUUCUAUUAUCAGUAACGGACUUAAUUCCAAAGAUCAUUACUCAGAUAACAUGCAGAGGAAAAAUCCUCCCAAUUAUUAUUACGAAAAUUCUCUCAAAUACUCAGAUCAACUCGACGAAGACGAGCUUGGCCCUUUACCACCCAAAUGGGAAAAAGCGUACACAGAAAAUGGAGAAGUUUACUUCAUCGAUCAUAACUCCAGUACGUCUCAUUGGCUGGAUCCGCGAUUAUCUCGUAUACAGAAGAAAUCUUUGGAAGAUUGUAGCGAAGAUGAGUUACCUUUUGGAUGGGAAAGGAUAGACGAUCCUUUAUAUGGGACUUACUACAUUGAUCACGUUAAUAGACAAACUCAAUACGAGAAUCCAGUCAUUCAAGCUAAAUACGGUAGGGGAUCCUCGUCUAACUCUUGCAAUAAUAUGAAUAAUUGCUCAAACUUGAGCGAGAAGAAUAACAGGAGCGAUAAUUACAGUCACGAUAAUGCAUACAAUAGUUACAUGAAUAAUUCUAAAUACAACGAUGGAAUAUCGGAGAACGCAUUUUUUACUGCAAAUCCGGAUGAAUUGGUCGGUGAAAGGAUACAUUCCACUUUGGUCAAGUCAUACAAAGGAUUAGGGUUCACCAUUAUCGGAGGAGACGAUAAUAAAGAAUUUUUACAAAUUAAAUCAAUUGUUACGAAUGGCCCAGCGUGGUACGAAGGCAAAUUACAAACAGGCGAUGUACUGGUCUAUGUGAAUAAUAAAUGUGUACUGGGGUACACCCAUCAUGAUAUGGUAACUGUGUUCCAAUCAAUAGCUCCUGGUGAAACGGUUGAAAUAGAAGUAUGCCGAGGGUAUCCGUUGCCGUUCGAUCCAAACGAUCCGAAUACAAAAGUUGUAACUACUAUGGCUGUUUCAAAUAAUGACAAUAAUCCAAAUUUAGGCUCAUUCGUCGACCAAGACGCCUAUCUCAAACGACACAUACUGGACGCAGAUUCUAACGAUGCUACCAAUAGUUCGGUUAAAUCACUGCCCGACUUGUACUUACCAGAGAAAGCACUCCACGUACCACGACCAACCAGCACAGAUUUAAUACUACAAGACGAUGAUAAACCUGAAAUAUUAACCAUGUCGAUCGUUAAAGGCUCCGAAGGAUUCGGUUUCACGAUAGCCGACAGUGCAUAUGGACAAAAGGUUAAAAAGAUCAUAGACAAGCAACGCUGUGAAAAUCUUCAAGAAGGCGAUAUAUUAGCCGAAAUAAAUAACAUAAGCGUUCGCAAAAUGUGCCAUAGUGACGUUGUCCAAGUACUGAAAGAUUGCACUAGUAAUAAAGCAGCCACCAUAUCGGUAGAAAGAAUGAAUUUCUCCAAGAACAAACUACGUAAUAAAAAAGACGACCUUAAAAUGGCCAUGUAUCGAACGAAAACUCCAACGGAGAAUUGCCCGUUGCUGAUGGAGGCUCAGAAUGGUCAAAAAUUACCCGAUUGUUCGAAUAACAAUAUGAAACGUGCAGCUGAAAUGUACGGUAUGGAGAAUUACAACAUGCAAGCGUGCUAUUCGCGUAGUCAAAGUCCAGGAAACGAAUUAGACCAGAAUGAUUCGUGGAAUAGGAAAAGAUCGCCCGAGAUGUAUAAACACGCCGAGAAUAAUUAUAUGUCAAUGGUGUCUCGUAAUAAUAAUUAUUACGCCGGCAGCAACGAUUACGGUAUUAAUAGUCGAAGUUCUUCCGAUGUAAACGAUAAUUAUUUCUAUUCCUUGGCUAACAAUCAGCGUAAAGAGAGCACCAGCUUCGAACACGAACAACCGUUGUCCACCAAUGGAGACGCCAGAUUGUAUAGAAGAGAUAUACCCGGAGCUGUGAAAAUGUACGGUCAAGAUAGUGAUUAUUACGAAACAGUGGUGACAAUAGAAAGACAAGAAACGGGAUUUGGUUUUCGUAUUGUUGGCGGUACUGAAGAAGGAUCGCAGGUAUCCAUCGGUCAUAUUGUCGAGGGUGGAGCUGCCGAAGUCGAUGGACGUUUGAGAUCCGGGGAUGAAAUUAUGUCCGUUGAUAACCAAUCUGUAAUGAAUAGCUCGCAUCAUCAUGUCGUUCAAUUAAUGGGUAAAGCGGCGGCUAGUGGUAGAGUUACGUUGGGAAUCAGAAGAAGAAUCCCAUCCAAGAAUCAUACUAAUGCCAUGAUGAGACCGGAAAUAAGAUAUCCUUACGAUGUAACGGUUACGAGAAGAGAAAACGAAGGAUUUGGAUUUGUGAUUAUAUCUUCCUUGAACAAAGCCGGAUCUGCCAUAGGACGAAUUAUUGAAGGUAGUCCUGCUGAAAGGUCUGGCCUGCUUCACGUUGGUGACCAUAUAUUGGCGGUUAAUGGAAUCAACAUUAUGAAUUUGCAUCAUGGUGAUAUUGUUAAUUUGAUCAAGGACUCCGGUUACAGCGUUACUUUAACUAUCGGAAUGCCAAUAGAUGAACCCGCUGGUAGUAUAGUUUCAAAUUCCACGUCUCAUAGGGAUGAUUUGUACGAUGGCCAGUAUCACGUUAUCGAGAUCAGCAGAGGAUCGCGAGGUUUUGGAUUCAGCAUCCGAGGAGGCCGAGAAUUCCAAAAUAUGGCUUUAUACGUUUUACAAAUCGCCGAAAAUGGCCCCGCAGCUCUGGAUGGCCGAUUAAAGGUCGGAGACAGAUUAGUCGAAAUAAACGGUAUCAACACGAAGAACAUGACGCAUGCUCAAGCCAUUGAAAUAAUCCGCAACGGAGGUCCCACCGUCAUGUUACUAGUUCAACGCGGAGGUAAAGUACCCUCAUUACCAUCCGAAGAAUCACCUACUCAACAUCGUAACGCUAUGAUGUGCUCGCCUAGCGAACCUCGACCAGUAGGUAUGAUGAACGGUCGCUCAGAAAGCUGGGAUACUCAGUUAUCCUCCAGUUGAUAACUAACCCUCAGCCAAGGCGAAAACCACCUGUAACACCGAAGCGCACAUUAACGCUGCACCGAACAAUAUUCUUUAACCAUUGAUCUCUUCACUGUUUUGUCCCCACUUGCCGUCGUCCUCCUGCCGCUGGUCGGCUAGUCGAGAAUGUUUCAAACAGCAAUUCUACCCUCCCCCACCCCCUUCCCCGGCCCUAUGUACAUUUUUGUAUGUAUUUUUCAAUAAUGAGAUUCGUCGUCGUCGUCGGCUUGAAAACAAUGUGUUCGUUGAUACGAGUUACGAGCUGAUCGUACGCGUGUAUGUGUGAAUGUGUGUGUUCAUUUAGUAAACUAAGAUGCGUAAGAUGUGUUCAAUGUUUCGUACGUAGGUACUAGGUACGCGUCAGCUUGCGAUAUUUUGGUCCAGAAUGAGAGAUUAUUAGUGAAGUGAAUUUUUUACAGUAUUAUUUUUCUUAUUCGUAUUUUACGUCAUGUAUGUUUGUAUUGUUAAGUGAGAUUUUUUUAUCGAAACGGUUUAGUGUGAGUUGAAUAGCAAUAAUGUUGUAAAUCGUGUGAUCGUGGUUUUUAAAAACACCGCAGAAUAGAUCGAUACCGUUUCCAGUAAACAUAUGUGUGUGAUAUGUUGAUUCGAGUAAUAAGGAUCGAUUACGAUCCCAAUUCCAAUAUACCUAAAUGGUGUUUCAUUUUUCCCCAACUUUAUUCCAGUCGUGUUUUCUUCCAGAUGAUUAUUUUUUCUGUCGUUCUCGUUACCGGAAUUACUCGAAUUUUCCGCACACAUCGUAUUUUAAAUUACGUAUUAUAUUUUAUAUUUAUUAUUUAUGUAUUAUCAGCUUUGCCAGUCAUAAUUGUACGUUUGAUCGUUUUAUUAUUGUUUUAAUGUACGAUAUUUUAUUAAUUUUUAAGCAUUUAUUUAAACAAGUGUUACGUAUUUAUUCAUUUUCUCUCUCUAUUUAUUGAUAUUUUAUUUGAAAAUAUUAUGUAUUAUACGGGGGUUCGAAGGUUUUGCAUGCUGCGUAUCUAGACUGUUAUUUUUUUCGUCAUGCUUACCUGUUAUUAUAAGUAGUUUUUUCCCUUCUUCUUAGUUCACCUUAUAGUGACAGUAUUUAUCUAAGUAUUAUUUUAUAUGAUU